AUGGGCAUCCCCAUGGACGACAAUAUCCACGCUCCUACGGUGGCCUCCGGACCGACGUCCGGAGGCACGCCUCUCGACUUUUCCAAGCUGUCGAUGGCCGACCUCAUGCAGGAGAAGGAGCGGAUCGAGGCGGAGCUCUCAGCGCUCAGCAGUGUGCUCAACUCGCAUGGAGUCAGAAUGAGCUCAUCCCUCACGACAUUUGACGGCUUUCCCCGCGACGAUAUCGACAUUGCUCAAGUUCGAACAACGCGGGUGCGGAUUAUCCACCUACGAAAUGACCACAAGGAAGUCAUGGCGCACCUCGAGAAGGGUCUCCAUGCCCAUUUCGCCCAACUACAAAAUGCACAAGGCGCGAUGGCGACUACCAAUGGCACCAGUGUUCCCUCGGUCGCACCGGCGUCGGUGACAGAUAACAGCAUUGGGGAUGCUGGCACACAAAGCACGCCGUUCGCGAAAGUCAAUAGCGUGGAGCCAAGGAGUCCGGCUGCUGAGGCAGGCCUGAAGGCAGGCGAUACUAUUCGAGGUUUUGGAGGGGUUCAUUGGCUGAACCACGAGCGCCUGUCCAAGGUUGCCGAGACUGUGCAGCAGAACGAAGGGCGCUCGCUUACGGUCAAGGUAACAAGGAAGAACGAGGAUGGACCAGGGACAACGGAGUUGGACUUGCAGCUAACCCCACGGCGCAAUUGGGGUGGUCGAGGACUUCUGGGGUGUCAUCUCGUACCUUUGUAG